AGCACAAAACAUGAUACUUUUUGCUGAAUAGAACAUCAGCAACUGAUUACAGAUACAUUUUUCUAGCUACAGGUCCAAAAACACUAGGAGCCAGGUGGGUCGGUUAGGAAAAUUGGGCAGAGCGAGACCAGAUAUAAUUUUGAUGGGGGGUCGGGUGAAGAGAUAAUUCCGAGAAUAAGAGUGAGUAUUACAGUAUAAUUCUAAACCGCAUAACUGUUCUUCGCAGAGUGUUUGGAACGAAUCAAACUUAAACUUCACUGUAAACUCAAAACCCAGGGCAAAUGAAUUUGAAACAACACCACUUAUUUCUCUAUCACUGUUUGGAUCACCUUAAUGCCGAGUGACAACAUUUUAGUGCAUUUAAGGCUUGUUACGAGUCAGGUGUGUUUUUAGCCUCGAUGCAAAUGUUCUUCUUGCGUCAGGCGCAUGCGUAAGAUAUUUUGAACAUGACACUGUUUCUAAAUUUAAGAGUUAUAUUAUUGAACUACCCUCUAGCAUAAAACGGAGUCGAAGACACACCUGAGAAAUACAGCUCCGUUGAAAGUAGCGUGUUUAACUUUAAAGCGGAAUCCGACAUGGGCAAUUAUUGCAGUGUAUGUAAAGAAAAAGUGGCGAGCGGAAAAUACUGUGACAGGUGUUAUGAGCGAAAGUACCCCUCCUGUGGCGGCUGUGGACGGCCCUUGCAAGAUAAUGAGGAGAGAGUUUGUGGCUAUCACAAGUUUCCAUGCUACAGCCAAUCGUCCGGGCAGUGCUGCCAAUGUAAUGCUCCAAUCGACUGUAGCUUGAAAGGAGCAUACUGCAGGAAUUGUUACGAUGUCCUGUACCCCCCUCCUCCGAGGGUUCGAGGGACAUACAAUGGUUGUGAGAUGACCUUGUAUCUGAGGGAUGAUGAGUUCAAUUCCAAGCUGCAGCCUCUGGCAUAUGCCUUUGGCAGAGGAUUGAGUGAUGGAGGACAGCGGCGCUAUUACCUCAAGGACUCUUAGUUUUCAUAAGCUUUGGCUCCCUGGUUAGUUAGAAACAUUUAGAGUCAAACAAACCAAAAUACUUUCUGUAGCACCUAGUCAUGGCAUAAAAAUACAUGUUUUAAUGGAGAGGUUUUAGUUUGGGUUUUGCAUGUAAUUUGCAGUUGCUUUGGUUUUGCAUUAUCACGGUAAGCCAUUGGCUAAAGUUUUCCCGCGUUUCGCGCUGUCUACGUUUUAGUUGCUUCGAGUUUUGAUUCGUUCACUCACUGCCGGGAUUGUCUGUGUCCUUUGUAACUGACCAGAAUCAUUUCCUCGGUUUUGGUCUUUCGACACAUAACACAACAGAUCAUAGGAUGGAUUUUAUGGUUGGUACAUGCAGCUUAUAUAAGUUUUCUCUGGACUUGUUUUUCCUUAUGUAAGUUAUGUUAAGCUAAAGCAUUGGUUGCAGUACAGUAGUCUAAAAUCUAGUUGUUUUAGUUUAGUAUUAGACAAACAGGGAAAAGCACCCCCUGACGGAAUUUAACCUGUAGUAUAAUGUUAGUUGAUACAUCGUGUCUUAGAUUUUUGAAGAAUAGAUUGAAAGGAACUGCUCAUUAAAUGUUUGGGAGCCAAUACAAAAAAGUCUGGUUUAUUACUUUUGUAAAGGAAAUCUUGUCAAUGUUGCGUCACUGCGGAAUGAGAAACUUAACUUUUAUCACCAAGUGUUAAGAAAGGCUAAGU